AUGGAUAAGAGAUACUAAGACCUUGUUGAAAAGAAGUUUAUUUUAGAGAAUGAACUCAAAAAUUUGGAGAAGAGUAUAUUUGACGAGGAAACAAGAUAUUUGGAAGAAACAGGUCAUAUUGGUAAUGUGAUAAAAGGAUGGGAAGGAUUUUUGAGUAUGAAGAAUUCUAAAUUGGGUGGAAAUUUGUAAAAGAAAGGCAAGAUAAAUCCGAAUGACAGAAUAUUUUCAUAGAGUAGCAAGACAUCGCCAUUUGUUUAAGAAAUUUCACAACCAAUUUAGACAACAGGAACUUAAAAAUCAGUUUUGAAUGAAGGAGGCGGAGAAGAAAAAAAAGAAUAUCAUUUUAGAAGAACAAAGAAAAAUAGUAAAUAUGUGAGAUUUCAAAAAGGCGAAGGAGGGUAUCAUUCUCCAAUGACUUCUAGUGAUGAAUACAAUGAAAAGAAAGGCAAGAUAUAUGAUAUUUAUUUACUAUAUAAUAGUUAUUUAAGUGAUAUGAAUAGGAAUGGUAUGAUAUUAUUAAUUUUUUUUUUUAAAUUACAGAUGCCACAACCAUUAGUUUGGGUAUAAGUGAAGCAAUCUGGACAAAUUCCAGCACCUAGAUCAGGUCAUACUUUUGUAACUGUUGGAAAAACUCACAUUCUUUUUGGAGGAUUAGACAGCGAGAAGAAACCAGAUGCAGAAAAGAAAAAUACAAAGAUAGCACCAAAUAAUUAAGUAUAUUCGUUGAGAGUAGCACCAAAUGUUUGUGAAUGGAAGUUAGUAUAAUGUUCUGGUGAUCCACCACUGCCAAGAACAAAUCAUGCAGCAUGCGCCAUUACUCCUGAGAAAAUGCUUAUUUUUGGUGGGUUCUAUACAUCAAAUCUCCGUUUUAAUGACACAUUCAUCUUAAGAACUACUAAUUUCUAAUGGUCUUAACCACCCAAUUAAAAAGUAACUGGGGAACCUAAAAAUGCUGAAUCUAAGAUUGGUGCACCAGAACCAAGAGGAAAUCAUUCAGCAACAUUUCAUAAGAACAAAGUGUAUGUUUUCGGAGGACAUGGAGGAGUUGGAUAUGCAACUAAAUCAUUCAAUGAUUUAUAUGUUUUAGAUUGUGAAAGUUUUGAAUGGUCACAAUUAGAACCUAGUGGAACACCACCUGACCCUAGAGGAGGACACAAUUCUUAAAUUAUGGGAUAGAAUGAUUUACUCAUGAUUUUUGGCGGAUGGAAUCAAAUUUCGCAAUUUUAAAAUAUCCAGAAAUAUCACAUGAAAUACCUAAGUGGAAUAUGGCAGGUAUUAUGGUGCCAUCUAUUCCAUCAUGGAAAUAUUUCAUUUUUGGUGGACAAGUUGGUAACUUCGAAAGAAGGUGGUAACAGAACAGCAAGUAGAUUAGUUGAUGAUACUUUUGUAUUGGAUGUAGAUGCUAAGAAAUGGUCACCUGUGUAAUUAGAAGAAGAAAAACCAGUCAAACCUAAAACUAGAGAAUCAACUACUUUAAUUUAUGAUCCUUCAGAUUCUAGAAUUAUGAUGUUUGGUGGAUGGUCAAAUGCUUGGAUGAAUGAUAUAUAUGCAUUGAAUGUCUCAUCAAUUGUUGGACCUCCAUAUGCUAUCUAUUCAAUUAAACCAUGUUUAGGUCCAUUAACAGGAAAAACCAAAGUCUCUAUUACGGGAGAUGGAUUCAAGGAUUCCUAAAAUAUUAUUGUCAGAUUCUUUUCAGGAAAAGCUUCAGAGGAUGUUCAAGCAGUAUAUGUAAGUCCAACUGAAUUAACUUGUGAAACACCUUCAUAUGAAAAACAUGGAGCUAGAAAAUCUGAAGUCAAAGUCAGUAUUGAUAGAUUAGAUUUCACUAUUAUGAGUCAAUUCUAUUCCUAUUUCUUAAACUCAAAGGCUGAAAAGUCAUUAAUGUUUGGACCAGGAGUGUUGAGAGAAAAUGCAAUAAAAACAGAUACUAUGUUCUAUAUUCAAACUAGAAAUUUGAAUAAUUAAAAUAGAGAAAGUGGUGCUGAUGAAUUUUAAAUUGAAAUUACUAGACCUGAUGUUUUAUCAGAAUUGGAAGAAGAAAGAUAAAGAGAAGCCAUUAGAUUAUAGUAAUUAGAGUAGAUGGAUCCUGAAGAGAGAGAAAGAAUUGAAUAAGAAUCUCAUAAGAAGAGAACUGUUAAGAGAAAGAAGGUUAAAUAAUAAUAAGAAGGAGAAGAAGGUGAAAAUUAAGAAUCUGAAUAUGAAGAAGUUGAAGAAGAGGUACCAUAGGAAAAAUCUAGAUUGUAAUUAUUAGAAGAAAAAGCUAACAUCAAAUACUCUAUUCAUGAUAAUGAUGAUGGAUCUUAUAUUGUUAAAUAUUAAAUUGAAGAACCAUGUGAAGUUAUUGUUAAUGUUAAAUUAAAAAAUGAAAGAGGUGAAUUUAAUGAAAUUAGAGGUGCUCCUAAGAAAGCAUAAUUUUUAGAUGGUGUUGGAAUUAAAAAUAACCAAUAUACAGGCUAAUAAUUAGUUAAUUAUGUUACUAAUAAGAAUGAAGAAAUUAAUAAACUUAUUGACACAUCCAGAGAUAAUAUUAAUAUCAAAGAUAAGAAUAUCUAAGAAGAUGUCAAUAGUUUAUUAGAGGUUAUGGAGAAUCUUAAAAAGAUUUCAGAUGAAAAAGAAAACAUUCUUUUGUUAUUAGAUGAAAAUGAAUAAAUAUUAAGAACACUAGAAAAACAUGAUAUGAAAAAAGAAACAGAAAUCAAAAAAGUGAACAAGAUGCAAGAAGAAUGGAAAAAUUUAUUAAAGAUUUCAUAAACAGUUGAAAAAGACAUAAGUGGUCCAGUCAAAUAAGAAGCUGAUAAGACCAAAGAAAAGAUUAAGAAAUUCGAAGAAUAAUUAAAAGAAUAUUUACAAGGUCUUAAAAAAGAAACAUUUUAUUAAUAUAAAACUGGUAUUAAAGAUUCAUAAGAAAGAUUUACUGAAGUCUAAGCUUAAAUAGAUAAAUUCACAAAAACACUUUAAAAUUAUGAAUAUUAUUCAAAAAUGUUCAACUUCCCAGAUGAGGUUGUUGGUUGCUAAAAAAAUUUAGAUGCUAUCAAAUAAGAAGUAGCUGCUGUAUAAUUAUUAUGGGAACACAUCAAGAAAUGUGAAUAAAAAUUCUCAGAUUACAAGAGAUAUAAAUGGGCAACUAUAGAUCCAAAUGAUAUGGAAGAUGAAGUGAAAAAGCUUCGUAAAUUCUUAAUUGAUAUGAAGGGUAUUGAUAAAAGAUCAAAUGUAUUCACUGGUAUUAAUGAAGAUUUACGUAAAUGGGGUACUUUCAUUCCUUUAUUAACUGAAUUAAAAGAUCCAGCUAUGAAUACAACUGAUAGUAGACAUUGGAAAGAAGUCAAGGUUGUUGUAAAUCAAGACUUUGCAAUUGGAGAUGAUAUGGAAUUAGAUGUUAUUUGGAAUCUUAAACUUUUCGACUUUAGAGAAAAAAUUGAAGAUAUCUCUGAAUAAGCAAAAUAAGAAUUAAAAAUGGAAAAGGGAAUUAUCAAGGUAGAUACAUUCUGGAAGGAUGUUCAAUUUGAAUUGUUGAAACAUAAGGAUACUGAUAUCAGAACUUUGAAAAUGUUGGAUGAACAUUUUGAAACCUUGGAAGAACAUUAAUUAUAGGUCAACAAUAUGUUAUUGAGUAAAUAUGUGAAAUUCUUUGAGAAAGAUGUUGAAAAAUGGAAAUAGGAUUUAGGAGCAAUUUAUGAUGUUAUUUAAUUAUUAUCAGAAGUACAGAAAACAUGGUCCUUCUUGGAAAACUUAUUUAUUCAAUCAGAAGAAGUCAAGAAGGAAUUACCCAAGGAAUCAGAAUAAUUUGUUGGAAUUGAUAAGAAUAUGAAAGAAAUUAUGGAAUCUGGUUGCUAAAUUAAGAUUAUCUUGAAGUUCUGUACAUAACCAAAUAUGUUGAAAUCAUUAGAAAAAAUAUAAGCUGAUUUGAAGGUCUGUGAAAAAGCAUUGAACGAAUUUUUGGAUUCUAAAAGAAGAGCAUUCCCAAGAUUCUAUUUCGUUAGUGUCAAUGAUCUAUUGGAUAUUCUUUCAAAUGGUAAUUCACCUGCAAAAAUUAACAGACAUAUGUCGAAGAUCUUCUAAGCUAUUGAUAAAUUAGAAUUAUAAGAAAAUGAUAAUGAAAGACCAUUUGCCAAAAAGAUGAUUACAUGCGUUGGUCAAGAAGAAGUAUCUUUAGUUAAACCAUUGUAAUUGUUAAAUAAAGUUGAAACCUAUUUAUAAGCCAUGAUUGAUUCUAUGAUUGAUACUCUAAGAGAAUUAGCCAAGAAAUCAUUUGGAUGUUAUGAUUCUAAGACAUGCCAAUUACAAAUGGAUAGAAAAACUUGGAUUGAUUAAGAUCCAGCUUAAAUUGCUUUAUUAGUCAAUAAUAUUAUGUGGUCAGUUUAAGUAGAAGAAGCAUUUGGAAAAAUAGCUAAUGGAGAUAUGAAUGCCCUCAAAGAUUAUUAUAAGAGAAGUGUUGAAGCUCUUACUGAAUUAAUUAGAUUUGUUAGAGGAGAUUUAACUAAAUCAUUAAGAUAAAAGUUGAUGUGUUUGAUUACUAUGGAUGCUCACUCAAGAGAUACUAUUGGUAAAUUGAUUGAUGAACAUGUUCGUAAACCAGAUGAAUUUUAAUGGCAAUCUUAAUUGAAAUUCUAUUGGGUCAAUAAUGAUGCUCUUAUUAGAAUUGCUGAUGCAUCUUUCAAUUAUUCAUAUGAAUAUUUGGGUAAUGGUCCAAGAUUGGUUAUUACGCCAUUGACAGAUCGUAUCUACGUCACAGCCACUUAAGCAUUGCAUUUAAAGAUGGGUUGUGCACCUGCUGGUCCUGCUGGAACUGGUAAAACAGAAACCACUAAAGAUUUGGCUAAUGCUUUAGCUAAAGCAUGCUACGUAUUCAAUUGCAGUUCAGAAAUGAAUUAUGAAUCUAUGGGUAAUAUCUAUAAGGGACUUGCUAGUUCUGGAUGUUGGGGUUGUUUUGAUGAAUUUAAUCGUUUAUUACCAGAAGUCUUGUCAGUCUGUUCAGUCUAAUUCAAGGCAGUCACUGAUGCUAUUAAACAAUAGAAAAAGACAUUUUUAUUUCCAGGAGGAGGUGAGAUUUCUUUAGAUCCAACUUGUGGUGUGUUUAUCACAAUGAAUCCAGGUUAUUUGGGAAGAGCAGAAUUACCAGAAGGAUUGAAAGCAUUGUUUAGACCAAUUACAGUGGUUGUUCCAGAUUUAGAAUUGAUUUGUGAAAACAUGUUGAUGGCUGAAGGAUUUGAAGAGGCAAAGACAUUAGCACAUAAAUUCGUUACUUUAUAUAUGUUAUGCAGAGAUUUAUUAUCAAAAUAAUUGCAUUAUGAUUGGGGACUUAGAGCUAUUAAAUCAGUCUUAGUCGUUGCUGGUGGUUUAAGAGAGCAGAAGCAAAUAUUGCAGAAUAGGCACUUUUGA